AUGUCCACCACCUCCCCCCCACCCUCCCCACCCUGCUCUCACCCCUCACCCUCGACCUCGACCAGUUCCUCGAACGAAGACCAACUCCCAACACCCCGCGCAUCCACACGCCCAACCGCAAUCACCCUAACAGAAGACUACUUCGCGCCCCCGCUUCCCCCGCGCCCAUCUCUCGAGGUAAUCGCCUCCAGCACCCUCCUCUCAAUCCAAUCCACCACCUCCAGCGGGGCUAGCACUCCGGGCCUCCAAGCGAAACCUACCACUGCGAUCUCGCUUCCGGAGGGAGUACACGCGCAGCAACAGGAUGCAGUGGUUAGUGGGAACGGUAGCAUUACGGGGGCACCAUCGUUUAGCGACUCAGUUAGCGUGAAGAGUUUGGUGCCGACGUUGAGUGCUGGGGACAAUGAUGUCGAGAGUAUGCUGGGAGAGAUAUUGGACGAAGAGGGGGAGGGGGGGGGUUUUUUGAAGGCGAGGAGGGAUAUUAUGAAUAUUGGGGGUGGCGGUGCAGGCAUUGAGGAAGUGGAGUUUGAGGAUGAGGGGUGGGAUGAGAGUAGUGAUGAGGAGGGGUUGGGGGAAGAGGAGUUGGUGGCUAAGUGGAGGGCUAAGCGGAAGCACUUUUUCAUCUUGUCUAGUGCUGGUAAACCGAUUUACAGUCGACAUGGAGACGAGUCGGUGCUAUCGGGGUAUAUGGGGGUUAUCCAGGCAAUCAUCUCGUUCUUUCAAGAUGACAAUGAUACACUCAAGAGUUUUAGUGCUGGGAGACAUAGGUUUGCAAUUGCUGCGUCGGGGCCUUUGUACCUCGUUGCAAUAUCUUCAAUGGGGGAGUCGGACUCUCAGCUGCGCGCUCAACUCGACGCUCUAUACACACAAGUCCUCUCAACCCUCACCCUUUCCCAGCUAAACAAGAUCUUCGCUCAACGUGGGAACUUUGACCUCCGCCGUCUUCUUGGUGGCACCGAAGUGUUUCUCGAUGGACUCAGCGACGCGAUGACACUCGGAUCCCCGCAGGUCCUCCUAUCAGCCCUAGAAUGCGUUAAAAUGCGAAAAUCACAUCGGGAGAAAAUAAAUUCCAUCCUUCUCAAACACCGUUCUCCGAAUCUCCUAUACGGUCUCGUCAUCGCGGAUGGUAGGAUGGUCUCGGUGUUACGGCCAAAGCGGCAUUCGCUACAUCCCCCGGACUUGCAGUUGCUUUUUUCAAUGCUAUUCAAUGCCACUACCUUCCGUGACGGUGGCGAGCACUGGACACCGAUUUGUUUGCCAAAGUUCAAUAGCAAGGGGUUUUUGCACGCCUAUAUACAUUUUUUCAGGAAGGAAGUGGCGGUGGUGCUCAUUAGUGCUGACAAAGAUGCGUUCUUUGAGAUGAGGGUGAUGAAGGAGGUUAUUGUUGAGCAGCUCGAAAAAGCCGGUAGUAUAAAGAUUAUCGAAGAAGCCGUUGGCAAUGGGCGCUACACAACCACCGACGUCCUCUCUUCGGAAACAGCUAUCCGGCACUUCCUCUACAGAUCCAAGAAUAACGUCCAAUUCACUAUGCCUUCUUUCGAACCACAUUUUUAUAGCGCCAUCGCUCGGCGCAGGCUAAUGAACCUCUACCAACGCCUUCACGCCGCAGUCCAUGCCAAAAACGCACUCUUGAAGGUUCACCACUGCAUACGUAAUUCCUCGGUGUCGCUGUCGUGGGUUACGCCGACGUUUGAAUUGUACUGCGUUGCGGUGGCUGGCGCGAAUCGUGCUGCUUUGGCGAAGAGCGCUACUGCGAUUGCGGCUUGGGUUAAGAGGGAAGAGGAGAGGUUGUUUAUUGGCGGGGUGAUAUUUUAAUUUUGCUACCUUAGUUUUUUUCUUUUUUCUUUUCUUUUCUUCUCGCCUUAUCCUCCUUCAUUCCAUUUCACUCCCUUCACUUGAGAGCGAGGGAUCGUUUAUCUGCGUUAGAGGGGUUUCAUCAUUGUGGAGUUUUGUUGGGUAGAUCGCCAGUCUCGUUAGUGAGCCACUGCAGUGUCCGGUAGCAAAUACCGGUGCGGUACGGUAUUAAGUUAUAUCAUAAUAUCUAUCAUAUCG